AUGCUUGAAUCUGUUCAAAGUCCUAACACAUCCGAUCUGUUCAGCGACCACAAAAAGCUAAUUAUAUUCGUCGUUGUUUCAAUUACUUUCAUUGCACUACUAUUAUACACGUUAACGCAUAAUAAGCAAUUUGUAUCUCGUGAAAUCGUUGCACUACGAACACUUACUCCAUCGUCGAUGAACUUAUCGAUGGAAAAACAAGGUAAAUGGAAAAAGAAUCAACUGGUUGUCAUACCUGCUAUCUGGAAAGAGAUUGAUUGGGCCAAUAGUUUAUCUUGGCCGGCUUGGCUACGCCAAGGUCUAGAACAAUCUCACAGUUCAUCAUCACAAUCUUAUCGUGUUCAUCUCUAUCAACGAAUCGAUCCUAAUUCUACUGCUCCAUACAACUGGCCAUAUUGUCAGAACGUACACGAAGAAGCAGGUGUGUAUCUGAAGUUCAUCUACGAUUAUUAUCAUGAUUUACCCGAUCGAAUGCUAUUCAUUCAAGGCAAUCCGACCCGUUAUUCACAAUAUCCGAUCGAAAAAACUCUAUGUAUUCGUGACGAUGUUCACUAUGCAAAUAUUAACCUUUUCUGGAUUAAAAAAAGGAAAUGGUCAGAAUGGAAUCGAGAUCCUACGAAUCAUAUAAGCUUGAUGUACGAAUGUGCUGUUCGUGUAUUAGAAUUAUUUGGUUUCGUUGGAGCAAUGCAAGUCAAUCCAGACAACAAGAAGCCGGUAGAUGAGAAUACAGUUACAACUUUAUGUUGUGCCCAGUUUUACGUAACGAAAGAAAGAAUUCGUCAUUAUACAUAUAAACAAUGGACAGCAGCUUUUCGUGCUAGCCUUCAACCCUUUUGUACAACGUCAGACCAAGAGGGCAUAACAUAUUUUAGAGAAAGUUUCGAACAUCUUUGGCAUGUGAUACUUGGACUUCAAGCUGUGAAUAUGCCUCUAGCGGUAUCUAAGACUAAUACUGAUGCAUGUCAUACAUAUCAAAAACAAAGCAGAUGGAAAAACAAUCAACUGGUUGUCAUACCUGCCAUCUGGAAAGAGAUCGACUGGUCCAAUCGUUCAUCAUGGCCUGCUUGGUUACAGAAAGGACUGGAGCCGUCUAACAGUUCUUCACCACAGCCAUAUUGUAUUCAUCUCUAUCAACGAAUCGAUCCCAGCUCCACUCCUCCAUACAAUUGGCCAUAUUGUGAGAAUGUGCACGAAGAAGCAGGUGUGUAUCUGAAGUUCAUCUAUGACUACUAUGACGACUUGCCCGAUCGAAUGUUGUUUAUUCAUGGUAAUCCGAUUCGUCAUUCGCCAUAUCCGAUUGAAACAGCACUCUGCGUGCGUGAUGACGUCCAUUAUGCAAAUAUUAAUUUUCGGUGGAUUGCCGGGAGGGAUUGGAGAGAAUGGUCCUCAGAUCCAGCGGACAACAUAAGCCUGAUGUACAAAUGCGCUGUUCGUGUAUUAAAUUUUUUCGGUUUCAACGCUAGUAUCCAGCUUAACAGUGGUGGUGAUACGCUUUUAGAUGCAAAUGUCAUCACGACUUUAUGCUGUGCACAAUUUUAUGUGACAAAAGAAAGAAUUCGUCAUUAUACUUAUAAACAGUGGUCAGCAGCUUACCAUGCUAGUCUUGAGCCGUAUUGUACAACGGCAGCCGAUCGCGAAACACCAGGUAAAGAUGAUACAAAAUAUUUUGGUGGAAGCUUCGAGCAUCUCUGGCAUGUGAUACUUGGACUUCAUGCAGUGAAGAUGACAGUACCAAAAUUCGGAACGAAUAACGAUCCAUGUCAUACAUUCCGUCCAUCUUGCAAAGGCUCACCUUGUGUUCGAAGUGGACUUCUGUCUGCUUGA